UCCGUCGUUCUUCCGCCGUCGCUGUCCGGUUGCCUAGUAACAGGGCGUUCUUCUCACUGUCGGCUCGUUGCGCUUCGCGUUACCGAUGGUGGCGUUUCACACAAGGUUCCUGCGGUGUCGGAUCCUUCUCCACCAGAUGGUUGUCCAUGGAGAAGGACAUCAUGACUGAGCGGAUACUAAACCUCACCCUGGAGAUCAUCUACCUGCUGACUGGAGAGGAUUACAUGGUGGUGAAGAAAUCUGCUGAGUGUGUGACAACCAGCCCUAAGCCUCAGGUGUCAGGUGGACGAAGCAAGAGCCAAAGCCCCAUCAUGGUGCCUUCACUUCAAUCACUGAUCCAUCCUGGAGAUAAUGAGCAGAAGAUCCUAGAGAUCAUCAACAAGAUCAUCCAGCUGCUGACCGGAGAGGUCCCUGUAAGGUGUCAGGACGUCACUGUCUACCUCUCCAUGGAGGAGUGGGAGUAUUUAGAAGGACACAAGGAUCAGUACAAGGACGUCCUGAUGGAGGACCACCAGCCCCUCACAGCACAGGAUGGAUCCGGUAAGAGGAGUACACCCCAGAGAUGCCCCAGUCCUCAGGAUGGAUCAAGCAUCAAUCAUCCUCAGAUGGACCACCUUAUCAUUGUCAAGGUGGAAGAGCUGGAGGAAGACGAGGAGCAUUAUAAGGCUGAUCUCCUGUGUACGGAGGAGGAAAUUCCUACAAAUCCCAGCACAGGAGAUGAAGGCUCCAGAGGCUCGGAGGGAAAUCUCCCUUCAGAUUCAGAUUGUGAAGCGGAACAUGAUAUCACACCAGAUCCUUAUGAAGACCCCCCUGUUUCUCCUAACUUCCCUUCAGCCCACCAGAGUGGAGAUCCAUCAUGUGAUCCCACUACACUCGCAGAACCCUCAUCGGAUCAGUCGCAGGUUCGUAAACCAUUCCCGUGGGCCGAGUAUAGGGAAUAUUGUAGAAACAGAUUAAAUGUGUUGACGCAGAAGACAAGUCCCCGAGAGGAGAGACAAUUCCCGUGUCCGGAAUGUGAGAAAUGUUUUUCAUACAAAUCAAAUCUUUACGACCAUCUCAAAAUUCACACCGGGGAGAGGCCGUAUUUAUGUUCAGAUUGCGGGAAAUGCUUCACCCGCAGAUCGGACCUUGUGAGACAUCACAGAACCCACACCGGGGAGAGGCCGUAUUCCUGCCCGGACUGCGGCAAAGAUUUUGCCAUGAAAUCGGUUCUUGUCGGACAUCGGAAAAUUCACACCGGGGAGAAACCCUUCUCCUGUCUGGAAUGUGGGAAAAGCUUCAACCGAAAAUUCAGCCUCGCCGUCCAUCAGAGGACUCACACCGGGGAGCGGCCAUUUUCAUGUACGGAAUGUGAGAAAUCGUAUACGAACAAGAAACAACUGGUCCUGCAUCAGAGGGCGCACACGAAGGCGAAGACGUUGUCUUGACCAGAACGCGGGGAAUGUUGUAGUCGUAAAUCUCUGGACACAGGAGCAAGAUCACUUUUGUGUUUUGCAAUUAUUUUUUUUUGUGAAACUGAAAAAUCCAAAAAUCUUACAGAUUGGGUGUUACCGAAAAAUUUGGUUUUCUCUCUUUUUUUUUUUUUUUUAAGGUGCCAUUUUUUUCAC